UUCCGGCGAGCCUAACGAAGGGGAGGAAAAGGAAAGAAGAAGAAAAAAAUAACAAACCCCCUGAAGGGGGAAACAAAAACAAACGGGAGGCCUGUUCAGCAGCGGGUGUUACGAGAGCUCCGUGGCUCUUUCUGAGGGGCCUCACUGCGCGAGGGCAGCAGCGCGUUUGUCUCCCGCUGGGUACCGGGAUGUCCCUCCGCCCCCCGGCCCAUCCUUGAGCUCCUCUGCCGUCGCUUCUUCGCCGCCCCCCUCCCGGCCUAGCCCAUUCCCUCCCCGGUCCUGAGGCAGCGGCAGCAGGAACGCCAGCAGCAGCAGCGACGACGACGACGGCGCCGCCGCCGCCAUCAUGUCGGGGGACGACGAUGGCCCUGGUGGGUCUCACUACGUGGCAGAGUUCGUGCCUCCUCCCGAAUGCCCCGUCUUCGAGCCCAGCUGGGAGGAGUUCAGCGACCCCCUUGGCUUCAUCGGCCGCAUCCGACCCUUGGCCGAGAAAACCGGCAUCUGCAAGAUCAGGCCGCCCAAGGACUGGCAACCUCCUUUUGCAUGUGAUGUACAAAGUUUUCGCUUCACCCCACGAGUUCAGCGCUUGAACGAACUGGAGGCAAUGACUAGAGUGAAGCUGGACUUCUUAGACCAACUGGCAAAAUUUUGGGAACUUCAAGGGUCUACGUUAAAAAUCCCGGUAGUAGAAAGAAAAAUAUUGGAUCUGUAUUCAUUGAGCAAGAUUGUUGCCAGCAAAGGAGGCUUUGAAGUAGUCACGAAAGAGAAGAAAUGGUCUAAAGUGGCUAGCCGACUUGGUUACUUGCCAGGAAAGGCCACAGGCUCAUUGCUGAAAUCACACUAUGAGCGGAUCUUAUAUCCAUAUGAGCUUUUCCAGUCUGGUGUUAGCCUUAUGGGCAUCCAAAAGCCAAACUUGGACCUUAAGGAAAAAGUGGAGGUUGCGGACCUUGGCAUUGAUGCCCAGUCUCCCCCAAAGCAGGGUUCAAGAAUGAACGUUGUGCUGAAGAGAACCAGACGUGUCAAGUCCCAGGCAGAGGCAGGAGAGAUGAGUAGGAACACUGAACUGAAGAAGCUCCAGAUCUUUGGAGCAGGACCAAAGAUGAUGGGAUUGGCAUUGGGAGCAAAGGAAAAAGAAGAUGAAGUACCUCGAAGACGCAAAGGUACCAGGUCAGAAGCUUUCGGCAUGCAGAUGAGGCAGCGGAAAGGGGCACUUUCUGUCAAUUUUGUUGACCUAUAUGUCUGCUUGUUCUGUGGACGGGGAAACAAUGAAGACAAAUUGCUGCUGUGUGAUGGGUGCGAUGACAGCUACCAUACUUUUUGCCUAAUACCCCCUUUGCCUGAUGUGCCCAAGGGUGACUGGAGAUGCCCCAAAUGUGUUGCUGAGGAAUGUAACAAACCACGUGAAGCCUUUGGAUUUGAACAGGCUGUUCGAGAGUACACCCUCCAGAGCUUUGGUGAGAUGGCAGAUAAUUUCAAGUCUGAUUAUUUCAACAUGCCAGUUCAUAUGGUUCCUACUGAAUUGGUGGAGAAGGAGUUCUGGCGACUAGUCAGCAGCAUUGAGGAGGAUGUCAUUGUUGAGUAUGGAGCUGACAUUUCAUCCAAGGACUUUGGAAGUGGCUUCCCCAUAAAGGACGGCAGGCGAAAACUAAUGCCAGAAGAAGAGGAGUAUGCCCUUUCCGGCUGGAACCUCAACAACAUGCCAGUACUAGAGCAAUCUGUCCUCGCUCACAUCAAUGCUGAUAUUUCUGGCAUGAAGGUGCCCUGGCUUUAUGUGGGGAUGUGCUUCUCCUCUUUCUGCUGGCACAUUGAGGAUCACUGGAGCUAUUCCAUCAACUACCUUCAUUGGGGAGAGCCAAAGACAUGGUACGGAGUGCCCUCUCAUGCAGCUGAACAACUGGAGGAAGUGAUGCGAGAACUAGCUCCUGAGCUGUUUGAGACACAGCCUGAUCUUUUGCACCAGCUAGUCACCAUCAUGAACCCCAAUAUACUUAUGGAGCAUGGUGUCCCUGUGUACCGGACCAAUCAGUGUGCUGGCGAGUUUGUUGUGACUUUCCCACGUGCCUACCACUCUGGAUUUAAUCAAGGCUACAACUUUGCUGAAGCUGUGAACUUCUGCACUGCUGACUGGCUUCCAAUAGGGCGGCAGUGUGUAAAUCAUUACCGGCGACUGAGGCGUCACUGUGUGUUCUCUCAUGAGGAGCUAAUCUUCAAGAUGGCUGCAGACCCAGACUGCUUGGAUGUUGGACUGGCUGCCAUGGUCUGCAAGGAAAUGACUCUCAUGACAGAAGAGGAGGCACGCUUAAGGGAGUCUGUUGUUCAGAUGGGGGUGCUGAUGUCAGAGGAGGAAGUGUUUGAGCUGGUUCCGGAUGAUGAGCGCCAGUGUGCAGCCUGUAGGACCACGUGUUUCUUGUCUGCUCUUACCUGCUCCUGUAACCCUGAGCGCCUUGUGUGCUUGUAUCAUCCAAAUGAUUUGUGUUUAUGUUCUAUGCAGAAGAAGUGUCUAAGAUACCGGUAUCCGCUAGAGGACUUCCCUUCCCUGCUGUAUGGAGUGAAACUCAGAGCACAGUCCUAUGAUACUUGGGUCAGCAGGGUCACAGAGGCAUUGUCUGCUAACCUCAACCACAAGAAAGAUGUGAUUGAACUGAGAGUGAUGUUGGAGGAUGCUGAAGACAGGAAAUAUCCAGAAAACGACCUUUUCCGCAAGCUAAGAGAUGCUGUGAAAGAGGCAGAGACUUGUGCUUCAGUGGCCCAACUACUCCUGAGCAAAAAGCAAAAGCACAGUAGACUGAGCCCAGAUAGUGGGAGGACACGGACUAAACUGACUGUGGAAGAACUGAAAGCUUUUGUCCAACAGCUAUUUAGUCUUCCCUGUGUCAUCAGUCAAGCCCGGCAAGUUAAGAACCUGCUGGAUGAUGUUGAAGAGUUUCAUGAACGUGCUCAGGAGGCCAUGAUGGAUGAAGUUCCAGAUUCGUCCAAGCUGCAGAUGUUGAUAGACAUGGGCACUGGCCUCUAUGUGGAACUUCCUGAACUGCCUCGCCUGAAACAAGAGCUGCAGCAGGCACGUUGGCUGGAUGAAGUGCGGGCGACCUUGUCAGAUCCUCAGAGAGUCACCUUGGAUGUGAUGAAGAAACUGAUUGACUCAGGGGUUGGGCUGGCACCACAUCAUGCAGUGGAGAAGGCCAUGGCUGAAUUGCAGGAACUGCUGACGGUUUCUGAGAGGUGGGAAGAGAAAGCCAAAGUCUGCCUCCAAGCACGGCCUCGGCAAAGUAUAGCAGCUCUGGAGAGCAUCGUCAGUGAAGCAAAGAAUAUCCCAGCUUACUUGCCUAAUGUGCUGGCAUUGAGAGAAGCCCUGCAGCGAGCUCGAGACUGGACAUCCAAAGUGGAGGCCAUUCAGUGGAGAUGCCCCAUGCAGCUACUAAUCAAAGAACAUAGCAAUAAAACAACAACAAAGACUAAAAUGAAUGGAAGCAUCUACACAUAUCUAGAGCAGUUAGAGAAUCUGUCUGCGAAAGGCCGCCUGAUACCUGUCCGCCUUGAUGCUCUGCCACAAGUUGACUCACAGGUAGCAGCAGCCCGUGCAUGGAGGGAACGCACAGGCAGAACAUUCCUUAAAAAGAACUCCAGCUACACACUCUUGCAGGUUCUGAGUCCUCGAACUGAUAUUGGUGUUUAUGGCAACAGUAAGAACAGGCGAAAAAGAGUGAAGGAGCUAAUAGAGAAGGAGAAAGAAAAGGAUCUUGACAUGGAGUCCUUGAGUGAACUGGAAGAUGGUGUGGAAGAGACCAGGGACACUGCAGCUGUGGCGGCUGUUUUCAAGGACCGCGAACAGAAGGAGGUUGAAGCCAUGCAUGCCCUCAGGGAAGCCAACCUGGCAAAGAUGACCAUGGUGGAUCGCAUUGAGGAAAUAAAGUUCUGCAUCUGCCGCAAGACGGCCAGUGGGUUCAUGCUCCAGUGUGAACUCUGCAAAGACUGGUUUCACAGCACCUGUGUGCCCCUCCCCAAAACCAGCUCCCAAAAGAAGGGCUCAAGCUGGCCUUCCAAAGAAGUCAAGUUCCUGUGUCCGCUUUGCAUGCGUUCUCGAAGGCCCCGCCUUGAGACCAUCUUAUCCCUCCUGGUGUCCUUGCAAAAGCUGCCGGUGCGGCUGCCAGAUGGUGAGGCGUUGCAGUGCUUGACAGAGCGGGCUAUGAGUUGGCAGGACCGAGCGCGGCAAGCUCUGGCUACUGAUGAACUGUCCUCUGCAUUGGCCAAGCUUUCGGUGUUGAGCCAACGUAUGGUAGAGCAGGCUGCGCGGGAGAAGACCGAGAAAAUAAUCAGUGCAGAACUCCAAAAGGCCGCAGCUAACCCUGAUCUACAGGGCCACUUGACUAGUUUUCAGCAAUCCGGCUUUAACCGGGCAAUGAGUAGUGUGUCAUCAUCUCCACGGCAAACUGCGGACUAUGAUGACGAGGAAACGGAUUCAGAUGAAGACAUCAGGGAAGCAUAUGGCUACGACAUAAAGGACAAUGCCAGUGUAAAAUCCUCCAGCAGUCUCGAGCCCAACCUCUUCUGUGAUGAGGAAAUACCUAUCAAAUCUGAAGAAGUUGUAACGCACAUGUGGACGGCGCCAUCCUUCUGUGCUGAGCAUGCAUACUCAUCAGCUUCUAAAAGCUGCUCUCAAGGUUCCAACACCCCAAGGAAGCAGCCGCGUAAAAGCCCCCUGGUACCUCGCAGUUUAGAACCGCCUGUGCUCGAGUUGUCUCCUGGAGCCAAAUCACAGCUAGAAGAUCUAAUGAUGAUAGGAGAUCUCCUAGAGGUAUCUCUGGAUGAGACCCAACACAUCUGGCGGAUCUUGCAGGCAACACAUCCACCAUCUGAGGACAGGUUUCUACAUAUCAUGGAGGAUGACAGCAUGGAUGAGAAGCCAUUAAAAAUGCGGGGAAGGGACUCUUCUGAGAGGAAACGGAAGCGCAAGCUAGAGAAAGCAGAGCAGUACUUUGGUGAAAUGAAGCAGAAGUCUAAGGAGUUGAAGAAGUUGGAGAAACCCAAGAAGAAGAAGCUAAAACUGACCAUGGACAAGACGAAGGAACUAAACAAACUGGCCAAGAAACUGGCUAAGGAAGAGGAGCGGAAGAAGAAGCGUGAGAAGGCAGCUGCAGCAAAGGUGGACCUGGUAAAAGAGUGCACAGAGAAAAAGAGGGAGAAGAAAGUCUUGGAUAUCCCCUCCAAGUAUGACUGGUCCGGAGCUGAGGAGUCUGAUGACGAAAAUGCAGUGUGUGCUGCACAGAACUGCCAGAGGCCCUGCAAGGACAAGGUAGACUGGGUGCAGUGCGAUGGUGGCUGUGAUGAAUGGUUUCAUCAAGUUUGUGUUGGGGUCUCGCCAGAAAUGGCGGAGAAUGAAGACUAUAUCUGUAUAAACUGUGCAAAGAAACAGAUGCAGGGGCCAGGUAGUCCGACACAUGCACCACCUGCUCAUUUCCUGCUGAGCUACAAGCUUCCCAUGGAGGACCUCAAGGAGACAAGUUAGCGGCCGCUUGGUCUUGCUGGGACUUGAGGGAAACGGAACACUAAAAAGGUGGCGUGAAGCUAAUAUAGCCACUUGGAAUGCUGCACUUACACAAACGAACGGCCCUAUAGCGGAGCUGGCCCCGUGUAGCUGGCUUCCUUUACACGAAGGGAUGUCCUGGGCACAGGGGUACUGACCCAGCUAUGCAGAUGCCACCCUGUUGGAAGUCCCCGCCAGUAUUUGUACUCCCGUGUUUCCUACGUAAGGCUGAGCGAAGCUACGGUCUUCAGGCUGAGCAGAUGUGAAGCCCAUGGAUUAUGCUUUUCUGCCUCAGCAGUUCAAAUAGGGGAGGGGGCACUGGUGAGGAACCUGAACCCCACAGGUUUGCCCCAUAGGGACACGUCGGUUGUGCGGCAGUGAAGGCUCCUGCUCGGCCUCUUUGUGUUGUUGAGGCACCAAGGCAACGUUAUGUGCGUAAGGAACCUGUGCUAAGCACCGUGCAGGAGGGGACAGGAGAGGGUGGGCAAAAUAACUUAGUUCCUGUUUGGUUGUUAGAAGGCAAAGGAACGCUAGGUCUUGAAAGCAUUGGUUUUGUGUUUACCCUAAUUCUUUCUGGGAUAUCUUCCCAUCUUGGGGAAAGCUCACACGUAAAUUAACAUGUAGCUGAGGUCUGUAUCCUUGGCGAGACACUCCUUCCUGCACUGGUAGCCAUUUCCCUCUGUCUUAGGCAUUAUGAACACCCUGUCUCACUAAGUUGUCUGAAGCAAGGUGCAGCUGGUAAAGUGGGUCCCAUGAGCCCACGGGAUGAACGACUGGGACCGAGAGCAGCCCAGCUUUCUCACGAGUCCACACUGACCUGCUUCUGUGAAAACUUCAACUCACGAGUAUUCCCAGCUCCAUCAAACUGUAGUCUCGCAGUUCUAAUCCGCAGUCCAGAGAUGCAGAUGGCAGCCCUGCUUCCUUGCCUUUACGUUUCGAUGGAUUAAAGGCCUAAGCUUGGCUACAAAUCCGGUUCGACCUUUCCCCCCUUGCUCUUCUGGAAGGCAGGUGGCUUGGGGGUAUGUGUCCCGGGUGGCAAUUGUUUUAGUAAACCCAUUUUUUAAAAAGGACUGGUUUUUACUUUUUUCUAUGUCUCAAACUACUGACUUGUUCUACAAAAAAUAGAUUAUUUUUCUUUGGUUUUUAUACUUACCACGGUUACCAGCAGCACAGAAAAAGAGAGAGAGGCUCACUAAACAAAAACCUGCCUGCAGGCUUGGUUUUUUUUUACUUCAUUCCUUCCUUGUAGUACAAGGAACUUAGCAGUUACUUCCCACAUCCUUGCUCCACCUGCUGCCUGUGUUUUAAAUAGGUGAAAACAUUUCAUGUGCUACCUUCAUGUUGGGGUUUGUUCUGUUAGCAAGGGCACUUGGCCCUUGCUAUCUCCCAGUUUAUGCUGGCUUUUAUGUAAGUGAAUGGCUGAAACUGGCCAUAGUGGUGUCUUUCCACCUCCCUCCCUCCAUUAUCUAUUGUGUUUCCAUUCUUCUACAGUUCUAGGAGUGUUGUAACUAUAGUGUCCAGUCUUAUUAGAUGCAGGGGUUGGGAUUUUCUAAAAGAUAAAAUCUGUAGUGUUCUGCCUUGA